AUGUUUUCAGAUCAUCUAUGAUUUACCUACAAAUGCUCUCACGCUUUAUUUUUGAAUUUACAAUGGCACUAGCCUAGUCUAAGAUUGCCUGUUGAAAGUGCAGUUUAUUUGUUAAAUUAUGGAAACCUGGCCCAUCUUCCAACCACAGAAAUGUGCAGUAUUUUUUGUUCCAAAGUGUCAGCAGUAGGUCAUCUUUAUUUUGUUUUUUAGGUUUGAAGGUGACGGGGAGUUCACGACUCACAAGGGCUUGUGUGGAUCGGAAUCUUCCACAAGAAAGCAGCACUAGGACUGAAGCUUAAAGCCAAUAAGUAGCAUGCACUGAUACACACACAAACAUAUGUCAUUUUAAGUAAUACAACAAAACUCUUUUGUAAUUUUCUAUCAAUUUUUUUUUUUUUUUAACUAGAUGACCAUGUUCAUCAUUCACUGAAAGAUUUUAUGAACUUUGAUGGGACAAACUAUACUUCAAAUGACAUCUGAAGCACUGAAUUUUUAAAGAAUGCAUAAAAUGGACUACAGAAGUGACAGCUUUUUUGAACAAGGGUCUUUUUGGACUGAUUUUCUCUUUAUUAAUAAGCAAUUUCAGAAAGGCAUUUUAUCAGAAAAACAUUUUCAUUUUAAAGCACCUAAUCUAUUGAGUGAGUGUUUGAUUCAACUUGAAGCAAAUCACUAAGAAUUACUGUCCAUGAAAUCAUUGUGCAAUAUCUUGCCAGAUACACAGUGAGCAACUCUGAGGCAUCAAUGUGAUCUAUUAUAGGGAUGAAACAACUUAAGUUCCAGCAGCAUGCACUAAACAGCAAGAACACAUGUACGCACAUACAACACUUAAGAAUCAGUACUUUGUUUUGUGGAAGGGGUGAGUUCUUCUGAGAACCACACAUCUCCCAGGCAUCUAUGGAGUGCAUCUUCAAAUUACAUAAGCAUGCACAAGCAACUGAGCUUAUGACUGUGGUGAAAAGUCAGGAGUUGUUUAAGACCGUGGAGCUCAAUUUCCUGUCCUCUGGAGUGAGAACGUGUUUUCUGUGGAUCAGAAGUGCUCAGUUAAACACUGCUAAAAAAAUAGUUUGCUGGUCUUAGCUGGUUUAAGAUGGCCUAGCUAGUCUCCCAGCCUGACUAAAUGGUGCUCAGCUGGUUUAGCUGCUCAGAUGAAUGGUCUCCCAGUGUGACCAUCAGACAAGUGCCCAAAACGCCUCUAGAACUGGCAAACAGACCAGUUAAGACCAGCAAAACCAUCUUAGGCUAGUUUAAGCAGUUUUUUCAGCUGGAAGCACAAUCACAGUCUGUAAUUUUCAAGUCAACCUGAAGACAUUGUGAUUGAUUAGAUGUGGAACUGAACUUUAAAGGAAGCUUCAGCUCAAAGAGAUGGAUUGACAACUAGUGCUCUAGAAAGCAAAAGCCAAGCUGUUGUACUGAGUACUUUACUGAAACAUUCUUAUAGGUGUUUUAUUUGUUUCAUUGUUUAGCACCUCAAUAAAAUUUGGAGUUUAUGACACUAAUUGUGAGGGUGUUUUUGUUCAUCUGUCUACAAAAUCCUUUCCAGAGUUCAUUGUAAAAUGGAAAAUUGGUCUUAAUGGUUGAGGAGGAAAUUUAAUCGUCUGAUUCUGAGCUAUAAAAAAAUGCCAACAGAUGUCUCUGUCUUUUUCUCUCCCCCUUCAUCCAUCCACUUACUGUAAAACAAGGCACCUUUUUGUACUCAAUCAGUCUCACAUGUUUCAAAGAGGAGGGGAAGAGAUAGAUGGGAAAGAUGAGAGAGAGAAGGAAAGAGAAGUGAUAGACCCAAAAAGUUCCACAGACUUAGAGAGCUCCGAAAACUCUUUCUGUCAUUUCGAACAACAUCAAAACAUGCAACGUUUCAUCUGCUCAUGAGAUAAUCAGUUUGAGCCAGGAAACUCAACUAUGGAUGAUCCAUACUAAAGAGGAUCUGAAACUACAAUCCUGGAUUUGGAACUUGAAGACCAUCAGAUCAUGGAGAAUGGCAAAAUAAAGGGUACAGGUGACGACAUAGAUGCCAUAGACCUUCUUCAGUUUCAGGCAAUGUGGUUGGAGUUAAACUCAGGAGUUGAACACAUGGCUGGAGAUGUUGCCACUCUACGACAAUGCUACAGCCAAUUGGAGGUGAAAUUCUCUGCCUGUCAGCAAGAAACCAGCGACAAGAUCCUGUCUCUCAGAAACACACUUAACACCUUACAGGAAGACAUAAGUACUGCUCUAGUGCAGUUAUCUGAAGCCAGGAGCAACCAAAAAGACCUACAAAGAGACCUGGACCUCAUGCAGAGCAAACAACACAGGAAUGAGUCAAGGGGGGAAGGGUCAGUGGAUGGUCACACCUCUCUGUCCAGCCAAACAGCACUCAGUCUCAUUCAACAUUACAUCAGCAGCCUGUCGGCCAAUCAGAAUUCUUAUCCUGAGCACGACAGUGCUGGCCAAAAAAAGUCACCGGUGUGGAGAGAAAGAAAAAACAGCCGAGAUCUGAAAGAGCUGAACAAUUCAACACAAAGGCAGACAGCAGCACUGGAGCUGUUGGAAUCUGAGAGAGUCUAUGUGUCUUAUCUCUCACUCCUUUUAAAGGCCAACAUCACUUUUAAUGGCUCAGAGAAUGCAAACCUCCACGACAAACGGCUUUUCCCUCCUUCUCUGCGUUUCUUGAUUCAGCAGCACCUGGAGCUCCUACACCUCCUCCAGGAGAGAGUUUUGAAGAGCCAAUGGCACGGCAUAAUGGGAGAUGUAUUUCUAAGGCUCACCAGCAAAGAAAGUGAUUUUCUGGAUCACUAUGUAUCAUAUUUAAGGGAGCUGCCUGAAUGUUUGUCUGUCGUCAGACUGAUCUCUACAAAAUCAGGCAGCUUACUGGAGAGUGACAUCACAGGAGAUGAGACGUGCCCAUCUUUGCACUCUCUGCUUCUACAGCCUGUCCAGCGUAUCCCAGAAUACCAUACACUCCUGCAGAAUCUGUUGCAUCAGACAGAAUCAGACCAUCCCGAUUAUUACCUGUUACUGGUGUGUGUGCAACAACUCCGAUCUUUCUCAACCCAGUACAGCCAUCUGCUUCAGCACAACCAGGAAAUUCUCACACACACACAUACCCUGCGAGAACAUACACAUAACCUGUGCACACACCAACAAGCGCGGCCCUCGCACACCCAUAAAGAGCUCAGCAGGUCUACAGUAAGGCAGUUGAAUAAAGUAGACUACCAGAAAAAUUACAGUAACACCAGUGCACAAAAUGAUCCUCAAGGUUUGCAUCAUAGCAAACGCUACCCUGACUAUGAAGUGGCGCCCUAUAACUACAAUCCAGAAAUCCCAUCCCCUGUCUCCUUUCUAUCCGAUUCUGAUUCUCGCCACAAAGCACUGGCUGUUCCUCUGCACAGCAUUCCAGAGACAGAGGGAGCCGGAUCGGCCUUUACGGAUGCUCUCAGAGCGUUCUUUCCAUAUGGAGGCAGAGACUCACACUGCUCAAGUCCAUCCCAUUCUUCUGACUCCAGCAUUGAUAUCGCCUUUGUGCGCUGUAGUCCUUCCCAUAGUCCACCUCACCAAUCCCACAGUAGGGGGCGGAGUAGUGGGGGUGUGGUUUAUAGGUCCAACCGGGGUUGUGUGUCACCUGAUCCAGCAGACAUUGUGAGGCCACGCCCUCUGCAGGCGGUGCAGAGAAAGAGCAAAUCCCUGAAUGGCCUGCAGAUGGACAGUAUUGAUAGCCAUGCCCAACAGGCGAAAACUCCUGGUCACCCAAGACUGGAGCGACAGUCGAGUGCAAAAUCAAGACAGAGGUCCAGCAGUCCAAAACACAGAUACGAGACACACACUGACACAGAGGAGCAGCCACGACCAAUCCAUCACAAGGAUCCCAGAAGCCUAGUGUGGGAGGAGUUAAAACUCAGGGCUGUGUCUGAUGACUAUGACCACACCCCCUUGAAUGAACGUGGUAGGAAAGAGGGAAAAGGAUUUAGGAGUUCCUUUAAAAAGCUUUUUAAGAAGAAGUCUGGUGGGGAUGGAAAAGAGAGGGCAACAUUGAAAGCUGAGAGUCAAAGUAGUGGAGACCUGGAAUCAAACAGAGCCACUCACACAGGAGACAUUAACAAAGGAACUGCUGUUUAAACAAUUGCACAAACACACACUUACAGAAGAG